ACACUACUACUGAGCGUGUUUACGCCGGUGCCGCCAAUAAUUUUCUGUUUUCCUAGAGGUUGUGUACUAUUUUAUUGUUUUAGCACGAUGCCCACAUCCAAACUGCACGCCAACAUGAGCUACCGGGAGGUCAUACCGAAGAACCUCAGUCCGGCGGAGUGGAUCGAGGUGAAAAUAAACACGGGAACCCAGAGCACUUUGCAGGAUUUAAAAACCUUUGAAACCUCCGGCGGCUACUGCUACAAGAGCAGGAGGAACAUUCAAACCAGGAACCGUUUCAUAUAUUGGCGGGCAUACCAAGAUGUCCUGGAACUAUCAGAGGUCAGCCUGGACAUCUCCCUGCAGAGGAAUCACCUGCGUCUGCGAUUUACCGACUCCGCUGUGCUGAAUGUAUCGCUCACGGAGCAAAGCAAGUCCGUCACCCUGCUGGUGGUCACGGUCAGCAGUGUGCACCGCUAUGUUUUCCCCCUAAAGAUCGCUGGCCAGGAAGGGGGUGCUGCCUCUCCUGAGGAUCUGUUGUCCCAGUCCAUUUUCUACGACGUCAAUGACAAGAUGAACGAUCCCAGCACCUUUUAUGUCACGGAUGGCUUUGGAACUAUGCCCAAUGUGGCUGUAUCGUACCUCUCACAGAACUCGCAAUCGGCCUACUUUGUAGUGGCGUAUCAAAGCAAACUGCUGCUUCACGUUAUGAACUGCGCCACCGGCCACACCAUCACCCACGAAAUCAAGGAGCCGCAUCUAAUGCCUCGGUUUCUGUCGAAUCUCAAGGGUGCCCUUACCGGCCGCUCAGAAACGCUGGAGGCAGCUACGUCCAUGGCUUUCAGUGAAAUCGAAGGGGAUAUUUUCAUUCUGGUUCUGUAUCGCAGUAAUGAGUUGCGUCUAUGGUCAGUGGAUAGCUUGCAGACUGUAGCCAGCAUUAACUGCUCCCCCGGGUUGGGGCAAGGAGGCUCAGCCGCUCAAGGACCUCAAAACAACCAGCUCCGAAAAAUAAGCGAUCAGAACUUCUGUCUAUUUCUCUCGCACGAUUCCCGAGCUGAGUUUAUCUGCAUUAGCAUAAUGCCCGAUGCCGACGAGGCCAGCGGUAUCAAUUUGGUGCAGAACGUGGUGCCGGCGCCUCAAAUGGAUCUGGUCGACUUCGAUGCCACAUCCUCGCACAUCUGGGCUCUUUGGAGCAACGCUGAAGGCGAUUUCCAUGUCUCUGCAGCUUACUUUGGUUCAAAUAACUCAAUCAAAUGGGUUUCUGCUGCUCUAGAACCGCCACCGGAUCGGUAUUGCCUGACCAUGGAGCAGGGAGUGGAUCCACGCGAAACUUACUGCAGCUACAUCUUUCAUCCUGGUCGAUUUGACCGAAAUGUAAUUGCCAAGGCUUUAUAUAUGUUCAGGCGCGUUAAUCUGCAAUUCGAUGUGAAGCAACUUUCCAUGUCAGUGCUCAAGGAGCAGGUAUGCCAGGCCGUGGAAGAUGAAAUCCAGAACGAACUAAAAGACUUUGUGGUCACGGACGAGGAGUACUUGGAGAUAUCCACUCGGCUGUGGGAUCGCUUUUACUCAUGCUGCGAACAGUAUCACAUUAAGUUUUCCGAGCCGACUGGACUCGCCGUUCUUGGUGGAAUGGAUGCAGUAUGUUUGGUUAGAAGACAAUCAUUCGCAUUGCUGCGUCCCUGUGAAGUCCUCGAGCACCUGUUGCUCAUCGGGGAGCACAACGACGAAGUGGCCACAUACGUGGCGCCACUAUUUCGCAACGAUCCCGAAAUGGCCAAGGGUUUUGUGGACCUCAUGAAUGUGGUGACGCUGCUUGAUAAACUGAUUUCGGAGGACAUUAAAAUCGAUCUAGACAAGCAACUUUACCAGCGCGAGUCGCCGGUUGAAGUGAUAUCCAAGCUGGUGGCUAGGAUCACUGUGGGCGAUGAUAAUGGUCCGAUGCUGCCAUCAAACUGCGUUAAGCAAAUUCACCAGAAGCUGCAGGCCAUACCAAAUCUUAAACCCGCUUUGGAAAUGCUGCUCGAUGUGCUGUGUAUAAUUGAUCCAGAUGCACCGCCGCAUGAUUACUCCCUUUCUACACGCUUUUUACAGUCGUCUGGAGCUCUUAUGGGUAGCGAAUAUGGACUCUCUAUAUUGUCCGAAACAGUCAAGCAAAUGGCAAUGAUACGGUUUUCUGUUUGCCGAAACCUUUUGGUGUUGCAGUACAUGGCUUAUGGACAGAACGGAAUGGAAAGCGAAAAUAUUUUAACAAACAUCAAUUAUCUGAACUCGUAUUAUACUCUGGUUUGGAUUGCCGAGACACCCAUUUCAUCGAGUACCCCAGCUGGAUUCGAGGCAUCUAUUCAACGAUUGAGCCGCGCACAACUGUUCAGCGGCUAUACCCGGCCAUACUCCAGCCAUCUAAGACAUAAUGGAAACGAUCAGACCACGCUGCUCCGACUGUUCCUGGAAUCGAAAGGCCUGUUCAGUGCUUUGUCUAUGCUGCUAAAGAAUGACAGUUUGUCGCUCGAGUCGGAGCAAUUGAAUCUGCGCCAGACGUUGCUCCAACUAGUGGGAUACAUCAAUAAGAUGCUUUGGCCCGGAUCUCCGAUUUACGUAUUUCCGGAAUGGUUAUUCGGGACCUGCCAUCACAUCAUUGUGCAGGACUAUGUGCGCAUUUUGUCAAACUGGUGUACUGUAAAAAGCCAUGCCAGACGCUUUAUGCUGGCCGUAUCCCUAUUGGAUUGCGGAGAGGCCCACAAGACCCUGCAUCUCUUUCAACAGACGGCGCCUGGCGUAGUGGAGGAUGACUUCCUCUUUGAGCAUGUGCUGAAAAACACCCCGCUGUACAGCAAAUUACAGGAGAGCGUCAGCCGGGGCGAUACAAUUUCCCCUGAAGAUACUAAACUGGCCAUUGUUCACUAUUAUCUGAAAGUUAUCCAGCUUUUUGAACAGCAUUCCGCGCUGGACUACGUUAUUCAACUGGCCGACAUGGCCAUGAGUGUGCUGCAAGCAGAUGAUCCUCAAUUGCCCAUGUUCCAGUCGAUAGUGUUCAAUAAUCAUCUGCAGUUAGGACACUACGAGGAGGCCUACAGCGCCUUAGUCAACAAUGCCGAUACUUCAAGGCGAAAGGAUUGCCUUCGUCAGUUGGUCAUAACGCUGUUCCAGAACAAAUGCCUGCCCCUGCUUAUGCAGUUUUCCUACAUUGGAUUGCAAGACGAGUUCGAGAGCAUUGUUGAAUCCCGUGCACGGUCAAUGAGCAUCGAUCAGAACGAAGUCUACAACUUUUUGUAUGCAUUCCAUACGAACAAGGGUAACAUGAGAAAAGCUGCUACGGUUAUGUAUGAGCAGGCUAUGCGGUUUCAAGUGGACAGCGAUGCCCCGAAUGCGCUAGAGAAACGUUGUUCCUCGCUGUUGAUUUGCCUAAACUGUUUGCACCUAGUUGACAACCGCUACAGAUGGAUUGCCAAGCCCACUAUUGGCGAUGAGCGGGUAGUUGCCAUAGAUCAGGAUAACGAUGAUGGUGAGCCCAAGGGUGAUGAGGACAAGAGUGGCCAGGAGGUGGUUGUUCUAGAGCUCGCCGAUAUACGAAGGGAACUGGUGCACGCAGAAGCUUUACGUGAGCUUUCCUUCUACCGCAAAGAUGCAGCUGCCUACGAGCGGGCGACACCAGAAGAGCUAUCUUACCUGCUGGCUAGUUGUGGCCUGUACACCGCAGCUUUGAAACUCUCGCGAGGACACUCAUUCUCUGUGCUACCCAUAUUUGAGAGUCUGACAGCCGCUUGUGUCGCUGCCACAGAGGACAAGUCGGUGGACGCCUGGAACUGGCUGCAAAACAAUGACAUGGCAGAUCUUCCUCAUCGAAGUAAUGCUGCCGAUAUGGCCUGGACAUUGCUUCAAAAACUGGUUGUGGAUAACGAGGCAAAAGACUCUACCUUGAUAAGAAAGAGCGUGGUUCAAAGGCUUCUGCUCUUGAACGCCUUCUUGCCACAGUGGCUGAUAGACUCCUACAAGUUAUCCCACUCUCGGGAACUUCUCCACUUAUUUGUGAAGCACAAUCGUCUGCUGGAAGCCGCGGAUCUGGGAUGUGAAAUGAUCGCCGGCAUGCUGGGAGCAGGCAGCGAGUACUUUGAAUUUAAGCACUCGGUGAACGUAACAAAUCCGCAGCUCUCCUUUCCCAUUAACACGAUCGACUUGCUUCUGCACGGCUUAAAGAUUAAUGGCAAGGAGGAUAUGGAUUAUGAAAUGGCUUACAUUAAACUCGAAGAAGAGGUUCAAAGAUACAUUGAGACCAUAAAGCGCACCACCGAUGAUAAGAUGAGCAUGGCCAUCCUGCAGAGGCGACAAGAGCUUCAGCAACAACAUUAGAUCGUUUUAAUCAGUUUAUUUGAUAAGUUUUUUGAAUUAAAUACUAAAGUGUGUAAAUCCUUUAAAAA